GGCUACUACCUUCGGCUGUCGUGCAAGUAGUGCUGACCGUCGUCUAGAUGACAAAAAGUAGACACAUCUUUUCCGUUGUUAUUGAAAUUAUUCAGCAUUUGGAAAAGGGGACAUAUAAUUAAGUAAAAGAACGAUGGUUCUACAGCAAGAAAAUGUUAAAUAUCCGCACAUCCACCGCAACACAGAUGGCACCAAACAUGAACACGACGGCAAAUACGACCACACGGGAGGGCCUCAUGGCUACGGAGACCCAGAAUCAGACCAUGUCAGCAUCCAUGACCUGACCUUGAUACGAAACAGACAGUAUGACUUAGCUUACUAUGAGAAGUGUAAACAAGAGGCCACAGAAUUUUUCUUGUGUGAUAAAAAAGAAAAAGGAAAGAGGCUAUUUUGGAAAUGUAAAGCACCCCUAGCUCGCAUGAAUGACUGCCUGGCCAAAUGGAUGCAAGAUGACUUCUUCUUUGAUGAAGUGAAAAAACAGUAUUUGUUUGAGAGGUCGUAUUACCGCAGGACAGGGGAGCCACACCCUGAUGUGUUACAGCGCACACACAUGGAGAAACUACGGAAGGAACGAAAAGCAGGCUUUGGUGCAUUAUGAGCUCAGGUGUGAACAGUGGACAAUAACUGACUGCAACAACUGACCAGCAAGAUGGACAGUGGUGGACCAUUGAAUGUCAUGCGCUACCAUUUAGUUAUACGAAACAGCAAAGCUUACAAUAGUUUCAAAUCUUCAGUCAGUAGUUACUGGUACCAGAUUAAGGCUGCAGUAUGGCUGUACCAGAUGGAGGCUGUGUCGUGCCUGUACCAGAGGUUUCAUAAAGCACAGUGAUAUCUGCAGCACAGCUUCCCUCCAGUGCAACUCUUUGGAAUAGAAAUAUUGAAGUGCAGAACUUUGAGUAGCAAGAAAAGAACUUAAGCUCCAUGCAGAGUGGAAUUGCUACACUAGUCUGGAUGACUGGUGCUAUAUUUUGGCCAAAUUGCUCAAAAUGUGGAAAAAGCAUGAAACUUGGCACAAAUGUUCUUUGGUCUAUGCUGAUCAUUUUCAAGGGCAGUGCCCAAAAUUUCAAAGUGUUGCUUAGCAACCGUUGCUA